UUAUUGGAGCAUUGGAACAUUUCAAAAACGAAAUGUACAUUUAGUAGUCCAGCAACGGUUCGUGCGGUCGUAUGCAAACAUUUGAAAAUUGUUGCUAGCGGAUUGUCUGUGUUGUCUGUGCUUUCACGGUUUGCCGGUCUUACGAGUGAUUCUUCACUAAAAACAAAAUUCUGUGUACGAGUAUAGUGAAAUAUACAAAGGCUCGGCGGCAAUAUAUACUGGUACUCUAUGUAUGUAUGUAUGUAUGUACGUACGUGUUUGUGAAUGAUGCCAUGCUGCCUGUGAAAAAAGUUAAGAAAAAAUCAAGUGAAUAAUAACACAGCGAAAGAAGGGUGAAUGGUUAAAGAAAAGAUCUGUAGGAGUGGGUGUGAAAAAUUAAUAUUUGACAAUUGGCAAUUUCUACAUAUAUACGGAUGUGUGUAGAACUACUUAAAACUACAUAUGUACAUACAUACCCAUAUCUCCGUAUGAAUCAAUACCGUAUUUUUUCUUCUUCAAUAUUUUCCUACACUGGCGUGCCAAUAUUUUUUCCUUUAAAUUAUUCCAUUUAAUAAAGACAUAAAAAUUUUCGAAUGUGCCAACAGAUGUGCGUUUAAUGCGAUUUCCGUUGGACGUGCGCACAAUAAAGUUUUCAAUGAAUUAGAUUAUUGUUGUUGAUGAUUAUUAUGAUAUUAUGAUGUACAGUGUGAUGCUCUCGAAAAUGACAAAGUGCGCGCAAUAGUAAUGAUGGCCAUUGUGACCAUUGUGCACCGUGUGUAGUAGUGUAAUUCAUAUGAGUAUGAUAUUUAAUCACACCGCCUGUAGAAAUUUGAAAAUAAUAGUGUAAAAAGUGCAUCAUCCAAACACCAGCAACAACAACAACGAUUACGAAAGCAAUAACAUCAUCGCAUAUUUAUCAACGUCCAACGCACUCUCGAAAAAAGCCGCAUUGUUUCCAUGUCCAUAAUUUUUUGUUUUUGAUUCGCACCAGCCUGCACUGUUCUUGAAUCGAUUCAGAGUCGAGUGGUGUGGCGCGUUUAAACUGGCCUGGAAAGCAACUCGACCUCAGUAAAACAACAAAAAUGUAUUCGGCGGUGCGCACAAACGACUUUGAAUAUCCCGAAUCGGAGAUGGACGAUCUGGAGAGCCUAUACUUUGACACGAUUUCUUUGGCAGACUCUGAGGCUGCUGCCGCUGUGGCUGCUGCACACCGCAAAUCACUCUCCCAAUCGCGCAAUACCAUCUAUCAUUCGGCGGUGGAUUUGGCCGGUGAAGAUACACCAUCAAAACGUCGCAGUUUACGCUUGGACAAUGGCAACAAAAAUAAUGCACCGCCGCUAAAUAAUCCCAGCAAUCGUUCGCCAUACAAUCCGAAUUUCCGCCACUCAUCAGCAUUGGAACAUUAUAAUAAUGCGAACGGCAGCAACGGUACAGGCGUUGGCGGCGGCGGCGGCGGUGGCGUUGAUCAAACGGAUGCUACCAUUGCCGCACAGGUGUUGGCCAUGCACAACGGACGCUCGAAUGCUUAUGGCAACAAUAAAACUAGCAGCAAUAAAAGCAACAGCACACCGCAUCUGAAUGCCGAUGAGGUCUCUAAACGUCUCUUACAAAGUAGCACAAAUUCUAGUAAAGAUAAGAAAUUGCCAAUUACGUACUCCCAAUGGAAAUUUAGGACACGUCGGCGCUUCCAAGAUGGCAAACGCAGCGUUGAUUUCGUCUUGACCUACAUCGGCGAUGAUGAUUAUAUACCCGAGAAUCGACGCAAACGUGAAAUAUUCGAAACGAAUUUAAUUAAGGAAGGCCUUCAUUUGGAGCACGACAAUACGCAGCGCAUACAUUUUAUAAAAAUUCAUGCGCCACUGGAGGUGCUUUGUCGUUAUGCGGAAAUUUUGCAGAUUAAAUUGCCAAUGAAGAAGAUACCAGGCCAGGAGCUCAUAAAGGAGGAUGAUUUUCGAAUCAAAGAUUGUAUUACAUCUGCCGUCAGGCGCAUAUUUAGUUGGUUGUACGUCAGUGCGGAACGACCGUAUCGCAUACACAUGGAGUUUUCCCGCAAUUAUCAGCAUUUAUUCGAAUGGGAGCAACCGAAUUUCUUUGAUGCUGGUGUUCGCAAUUCAAUCAUCAAUUUUAUAUUAGAGCGGCAGCGUUUUGUGGAAGGCGAAGAGACAGCCGACAAUUUGGGUAUUGAAAAAUUGUUGGAGGAUCGCGUAUACCACAGUGCUUACCCGUUGCAUGAUGAUACGGAUCGUGACUUCCUUUUACAAGAAUGGGCUUCGCUACGAAAGUGGAUACACUUACAGCCCCUGGACAGCAUCAAAGAGUAUUUCGGUGCAAAAGUUGCUUUAUAUUUUGCUUGGUUGGGUUUCUACACACACAUGCUAAUUCCCGUCAGCGUACUGGGUAUCCUAUGUUUCAUCUAUGGAUUUGUGACGUGGAGUAGUGAUCCUAUAAGUCGCCAAAUUUGCAACGAUAACCAAACGACACUUAUGUGCCCACAAUGUGAUCGCAACUGUGACUACUGGCUGUUGGAGGAAACUUGUAACUCAUCAAAAAUGAAUUAUCUGAUAGAUAACAAUAUGACGGUCAUAUUUGCCUCGAUAAUGGCUAUUUGGGCUGUACUCUAUUUGGAGCUCUGGAAGCGCUAUUCUGCCACUUUGGUGCAUCGUUGGGGCUUGACCACCUUUUCGCAGCAUGUUGAACAUCCGCGUCCCCAAUAUUUAUCGAAGCUACAAAGGCACAAGGAUAUUACGGAGCGCUGGAAGAAGAGCAAUAAUAUACUCGAACCGGAUGUGCCAUUUUGGCGUAUAAAAUUUCUACCUAGUUUCACAAGUUACAGUAUUAUGGUUUUGUUUAUCUGCGUUUCACUCAUCGCGAUUUUCUCCAUGAUAGUCUAUCGUAUGGCACAGAAGGCGUCCCAUAGCAUUUUGGGUAACGAAGAUUCAAUGACCUACAAAAUAAUGGUGCUUCCCAUGACGGCUGGUAUAAUCGAUCUCAUAGUAAUUUCUAUGCUCGAUUACGUCUACACUUCACUAGCCGUUCAUCUCACGAAUUUGGAAUAUUGUCGCACGCAAACUGAAUACGACGAAAGUCUGACAGUUAAAAAUUAUGUAUUUCAAUUUGUCAACUAUUAUUCCUCGCUAUUCUAUAUUGCAUUUGUGAAAGGCAAAUUCGUCGGCUACCCAGCCAAAUACAAUCGGAUAUUGGGUUUUCGACAGGAAGAGUGUAAUCCAGGUGGCUGUUUGAUGGAGCUUUGCAUGCAACUUGUCAUCAUUAUGGUUGGCAAGCAGGCAGUCAAUGCCAUUGUGGAAAUGCUCUUUCCUUAUAUAAUGCGCUGCAUACGCAAGUUUUCUGCGCGCCUCGGCAUGCGAAAAGUAGAAAGUGAGGAGAAAUUAAUAUCGUGCAAUCAGUGGACUGAAGAUUAUCAUCUGGAGCCGUCAAACACAAAUUCACUAUUCUCAGAGUAUUUGGAAAUGGUUUUGCAAUUUGGUUUUAUAACACUUUUCGGCUUGGCCUUCCCAUUGGCACCACUACUUGCAUUGAUUAAUAAUGUCAUCGAAGUCCGUUUGGAUGCAAUCAAAAUGCUGAAGCUAAUGCGACGCCCGGUAGCGCAACGUGCCAACAAUAUUGGUGUCUGGUACAAUAUGAUGGCAAUUGUGACACGCAUCGCUGUAGCAUCGAGCGCUAUGAUUAUUGCAUUUUCCACAAAUCUCAUACCGAAAAUAGUCUACACAACUGCCACACAGGAUGAAUCCUUGGAGGGAUAUCUGAAUUUUACGCUUGCCUACUUUAACACAGCCAACUUCCAGGUGCAACCAGUGCUGCGGGGGAGCACCUACGAAAAUGUAACCUCCUGCCGUUACACGGAAUUCCGUAAUCCUCCCUGGGAUGCGGAUCCUUACAAGCGACCAACGUAUUACUGGAAAAUACUAACAGGACGCCUAGCGUUUAUCGUAAUUUUUCAGAAUAUCAUCGGCAUGAUUCAAGGUGUGAUUGCCUGGGCAAUUGCAGAUGAGCCAAGCAAAUUGCGUAAGCGUAUAAAGCGUGAAGGUUUCCUGCUGCGCGAACACAUAAUUGAGUAUGAAAAGAAGACCGUUGCUGAGAAAGCAGCUGCACGUCGAGCCAUAGACGAGGCGCAAUACGAAGAUGAAAAGGCGCAAAACCAAAUGGACUACUAUGCGAACAAUAAAGAGCCGAUGUCACAAGCGCAGACCGUACAACGGGAUUAUGCGGAUAAUGAGGCGGCAGUCGUCUAUAGGAAUGAGCGUACAACGCCACUGUAGAACAACGAUAAACUUUUUGUUACAUAUUCUAUAAGUAGUUUUUAUUUUUUUAAGCCAAUGGUAAUCGAAAUGGUAGCUUAUUUAUACAAUUUUUAUGGUUAUUAGGUGAUUAUAAUUAAGCGGGUAAAAUAGUGCGCGCAACACACAAAUUGUAGUUAAUAAGUAAGUGAAUUUAUUUUUUGUGUUGGUUUUUGGUUUUCCUGUUUUUUUUGUUACUUGAAUUUUUGUAGUUUUUUUUUUUUUGUAUUUUUGUAGUCUUUUUUUAGUGUUUUUUUUUGUCGGCAAUGCCUUAUUUACAAUUUUAGUAUAUUGCAUUAGAAAUGCUGAACAUUUCCUGUGUAAAUUUGUUAAUUCAAAAGAAAAAAAAAAACGCUAUUGUUAGGUACUUAAAGUUUUAAAAGUUAAACAUCACUGUUGUGUAACUGUAAUUGUUAUCAUUGUAAAUAAUUAAUAAUUAGCCAAGUGCAUACACUAUCAAGUAGUAAACAAAAAAACAACAAAAAAUGUGUAUAAUUAACAAAUUAAACUAAACCAGUGAAAGAGAAACUUCAAACUGCUCAAAAUAAUCAUAAAUUUUGCAUGCUAAUAAUAUUAUAUAUAAUAAUUUGUAAUUUUUUUAAUAACAAAUAUGUAAGUAGGCAAUACAAAGCUAAUUUUGUAUUGAAAACUAAAACUGGUUGAAUUUUAUCGCAAAACCGUACCGCAUUUGUUAAUUAGUUAAUUAAUUGUGAUGGAGUAAACGAUACAAAUUUUAUAUGAUUCGUUGCAUUUUCAGCCACAUUUGCCUUAAAGUACGUGCAUACAUAGAAAAUAAAUACGUAUUUCAUACGUUUAUAACGCAAUCCGAUUUAAAUUAAGUCGCGCCACAGGUAUACUACUACAUGCAUAUGUACAUAUAUGUUGGUACCUAGGCAAAUACAUAUGUAUGUCCAUUUUUUGUAGCAAUAGUUAUAAUGCAAAAUAUUAAAUUACAUACCUAGAUAAAAUUCACAAAUAACCGCAAGCAUUUUACCACACAGUGAAGUGCUUCUUUUAAAGUAGACAAAAAGUAGCCGUUUUUACCGAAAAUAAAUACAUGCUAGCAAGGCAAAAAAUAGUGAAAAAUUCAAAUAACAAAAAAAAAAAACAACAACAACACAUAUAUUCAUACAAUACACCUGUCUCAAACUCAACUCGUGUACCUAUCUAACUGCACUUCUCUUUCAACUGUUAACUACAUAUAUAUUUACCCUACCUACAUUAGUCUACAAACAUAUACAUAUUAUCAGAAGCAUUAUUAAACUACAUGUGCACAUAUAUGUAUGUAUGUGUAUAUGUGCAUACUCGUUAUGUAUUUGUGCUGUCAUAAAAUGUUGUUAUAUGAAAUUUAUUUACAAACAUUUACAUAUAUUUUAUAUGAGAUUUUAUUAUAUGUAUUCUUAAAAAGCGUAAAUAUGUUCUAAAUAUAUGUAUGUAUGUAUAUGUUUCUAUUUACACAUUCUUAUAUGUAUGCGUACAUGUAAAUGCAUUUGUAUCGCAGAUAUUCUUUAAGAUACAUAGCGCGUCACAUAGUAACAGAAUACAAUCCAAAAAGUACCUUGUAGUACAUCGUGUAUGUAUGUAUGUAUAAACAAAAGAAAUAAAUUACUACCUAAUAGCACUUCA